AUGGAGGACACAAACAACACCACAGUUUUGUCUCAAUUCGAGCUCCCCUUAAACAAAACCACUAAAGCAGCCGAAGACGAGGAGGUGAGGCUGAGUUCCCAAGUGGUGACUUCCUUCCUCCUUGGUGCGCUCAUCCUGUGCGCAGUUUUCGGGAACGCGUGUGUGGUGGCGGCCAUCGCCCUGGAGCGCUCUUUGCAGAAUGUGGCCAACUAUUUGAUCGGUUCUCUGGCUGUUACCGAUUUGAUGGUGUCGGUGCUGGUUCUGCCUAUGGCGGCACUGUACCAAGUCUUAAAUCGCUGGACUCUGGGACAGAUUCCGUGCGAUAUCUUCAUCUCUCUGGAUGUUUUAUGCUGCACCUCGUCCAUCCUGCACCUGUGCGCCAUCGCGCUGGACCGAUACUGGGCGAUUACCGAGCCCAUAGACUACAUGAAGAAGAGGACACCUCGGAGAGCAGCGAUUUUGAUUAGCGUCACUUGGCUGGUCGGCUUUUCCAUCUCUGUGCCCCCCAUGCUGAUUAUGCGCUCCCAGCCGAACAGCGUGGAAGAAGACAGGAAGAACCCAAAACAGUGCAAAAUCAGGCAAGAUCUCGGGUACACCAUUUACUCCACCUUUGGGGCUUUUUACAUCCCGCUCACGCUCAUGCUGGUUCUCUACGGGAGGAUCUUUAAAGCCGCCCGGUUCCGCAUCAGAAGGACCGUGCGUAAAAGUGAAAAAAAGAAAGUGGCCGACUCCUGCUCGGCUAUAUCCCCCGCGCUCUUCCACAAAAAGAUAGGGAGAGAGGCGCAGACUAAAAGCUGGAAAAGGAGCGUGGAGCCCCGGCCGGUGCCGUGCGUCAACGGCGCAGUGAAACACACUGAGGACGGAGAAUCUCUGGAGAUCAUCGAAGUCCACAGCAGUUUCAAAGGCAACCUCCCACUGCCCAACACCCCGAGCGGCGUGCCGUUGUUCGAGAGCAGGCACGAGAAGGCCACCGAGGCCAAAAGGAAGAUCGCCCUUGCCCGGGAACGCAAAACGGUGAAGACGCUCGGCAUCAUCAUGGGCACCUUCAUCUUCUGCUGGCUUCCUUUCUUCAUCGUCGCCCUGGUCAUGCCCUUCUGCAAGGAGUCUUGCUACAUGCCCGGCUGGCUGGAAGACGUGAUCAACUGGCUGGGCUACUCCAACUCGCUGCUUAAUCCCAUCAUUUACGCCUACUUCAACAAAGACUUUCAGGGUGCUUUUAAGAAAAUCAUCAAGUGUCAUUUCUGCAGAUCCUAAGUCGCCCUUUAAUGAUGCCAAACCUGAGCAGACUAUUACUUGUGCAGCCAACGGGCCUAAAAUUAAAUAGAUUGACUAGGACUCCACCAUCUCCUUGCAAAGCAGUAUUAAUUAUUACCCGAGGUAUGUGCACAGAAAUUAAUCUCCGCGCUCCUCAUCUUGUUCUGUAUUGUUCAAUAAAAAUAUGCUUUAUAAUAAUAAGAUCAUAGGUUGCAUCUGUGAAACUGAGUCUAAACUUAUCACACAAAUACAAAAACAUGUAAGAGUAGAUGACUGGCUUCGUUUGUGAUUAUGAUUCAACAUUUUUUUCAGGCAUUAAAAAUAAUGUGGGUAUUUCAUGACCCCCGCCCCCCCAUAGGUCCCUUUAGGUUAUGUAUUAAUUAACCUUUAUGGCUUUAUCCUGUUAAAUAAUUCACUGCAAAUAUACUUUGAUAUUGUUUACGGCCAACUCAUUCCAAGGCCUAUUUAUAUAGCGACCAUCACAUCUUGACAAAAUAAUAAGAAUAAUAUAGAAUUUAGGCUUACCUUUUAAAAGAAAUUCACAUUUUAAAUGUGACAUUUCAGAUGAAGCAUAAGGGGUGGAUAGUUUUUAUUCUGCAAAAUGUACCUUCUUUUGCAGUCCGUCUAUUUUAGAACUAUAAUUUAUGCUUGAAUACUUCCUACUAAGGAGGGGCAAAUACAUGCAAAUGUUGACCAAAUAGCUGAAACUAAAAAAAUUGUGUUACGGUAUAUGUGCAUGGAUAUGUUUCUUUUCUUUUUCUUUUUCUUUUUUUAUCACCCACAUCACCAGCCCACUUAAAAAAAAAAACUGUUACAGGGGUCAGAGUGUGUCUCCAUGCCCUUUCUCUCUGUCACUUUCAGACUCAUAACAAACAGUGUACUGUAUCUUGAAAGCCAGAGGUGGGGGGAACCAGAUGGAUGCUGGAGAGGUGGUUCCCAUAGCAACAUAUGGGAGAUGCAAACUCCGGGAGCCAAAGGGGCAAUUAACUGAUCAAAGGCCUGGUGCAACACACGAAAGCAGAGGUGUAUUUGA